AUGCAGCCUGGUAGUCCGAUAAUUCAGCUGGCGACUCCAACAGUGGAACCACAACCACCAAACUCGCUGCGAACGCUCGAGUUGUCCCCAUGGAGUCUGUUGCAGCCGAUACGUGAGUAUUCUAGUAUCAGUGUCUUUACCACGCAGCCCUUCAGCUCCUAUAGGUUGGAAGCUGCAAUCUUCUACAUUUACACCGGUAAUGUCUGCUUUCUACCUUUGCGCUCACGGGGCGCUAUGAACCGUGAAGGGGCGAAAGCGAGGCACGUCAUAGAUCACCCAAAGGUGCCGACCUGCUCAUGCAAGUCUAUAUAUCGUUUUGCGGACGAGAUCGGCCUCAACGAGCUCAAACAGCGAGCAGAGGAAGAGCUUUUCUCGCAGCUGGACGCGGAUAAUACCCUCGACGAGCUCUUCUCUCAAUUUUCGGCGAGAUACCCAAAAAUCCUGCGCCUCCAGAUUUCGCGGCUCGUCCAGGACUAUUGGACACCGUCCGCUAAGGCUGCUCUCGAACCAAAAAUUCAGAGCGUCGUUCGAGGCGAGAUGCCACACGCAGCCCCCGUCCUCAUGAUGCUCUUGCAAGAGAUCCCAGUCAUACCGCUGGUAGCG